AUGAUGAUGAGAAAAGGAAGGAACGAAGAAUUUGAUUUUACUGCCAUGAAAGGAGUCGGAGGCUUACUCUUUGUUAUCGGAAACGUCUUCGGUGCUUAUCGUCUGGUUAGGCUUCUACUUGUUCAUCUCGUUGUUACAACAAGGAAAUUCAUAGCUUACCAAUUGUAUGACUUUAAAAAUCUCAAUAUCGUAAUCGAUAAGAAGGGAGCUUUACAGCUUAAACCUUUCAGUCUUAUGACAAUGGAUAAUGAAUAA